ACUACCCUCCUCUCUCUCUCUCUCUCUCUCUCUUUCUCGCGCUAAAACGUUCUGUGUCAAAAAAAAAAAGUCCUCUCUCCUAUACGAACCGACUGUCUCCCUUUGCCCACGAGCCUCUCCAUAAACCCUACACCCCCAAAUCUCUCUCUACUCUCUCUCUCUCACUCUAAACAAAGUUUUUAGGGUUUUCAAUCUUUGCUUUUCAACACCAUAGAUAAGGUUUCGGAAGAGGACAGCAAAACCCUUACAGAGAACAAACAAGGUGGGAUUCUCCAUUGAGGCACUAAAAACAGGUUGAUUUCGAAGAGAUCUUAUUGAAAAUGGCAAAGCAAAAAGAGAGGAAAUCUAAUGCUAAAAAAGAGAGGAAAUCUAAUGUUUCUGGGAAGCCAAAGCAUUCUCUUGAUACAAACAGGGGAAAUGGGUCCAGUGAAAUGCGAAGCUCAGCAACUGUUCGUCGCCUCAAAAUGUAUAAUUGCAGGCCAAAACGAGACAGUAAGGGAAAGAUCCUAAAGCAUGAGUUGCAAUCAAAAGAGCUUCCCUCCACUAGGAUUGAACCUGAUCGCCGCUGGUUCGGGAACACACGUGUGGUGGGUCAAAAAGAGCUAGAGACUUUUCGGGAAGAGCUUCAAAGCCGCUUAUCUAGCAACUACAAUGUUAUUUUGAAGGAGAGGAAAUUGCCUUUGUCUUUGUUAAAUGAUCAUCAGAAGCAAACUAGAGUUCAUCUUCUCCAGACAGAGCCAUUCACACACACCUUUGGACCUAAGGGGAAAAGGAAGCGUCCAAAGCAUUUGGUAUAUGAUUAUGAGUCCUUGGUUUCAAGAGCAAAUGAUUCUCAAGAUACAUUUGACGAAAAGUCAAAUAUGAAACCCAUGGAUGGAAAUGGAGAAGAUGGCUUUAGAGACUUGGUCAGGCAUACCAUGUUCGAAAAGGGUCAAAGCAAACGUAUAUGGGGGGAGCUCUACAAAGUUGUAGAUUCAUCAGAUGUAGUUGUUCAAGUCUUGGACGCUAGAGAUCCACAGGGUACAAGAUGCUACCACUUAGAGAAGCAUUUGAAAGAGAACUGCAAGCAUAAGCAUGUAAUUCUUUUGCUAAACAAGUGUGACCUGGUCCCUGCUUGGGCUACGAAAGGCUGGUUGAGAGUGCUAUCCCGUGAAUAUCCUACUCUUGCAUUCCAUGCAAGCGUCACCAAAUCUUUCGGCAAGGGCUCUCUUCUUUCAGUACUUAGGCAGUUUGCUCGUUUAAAAAGUGACAAACAAGCAAUAUCUGUGGGUUUCAUAGGUUAUCCUAAUGUUGGGAAAUCAUCAGUCAUUAACACACUGCGUACAAAGAAAGUAUGUAAAGUAGCACCCAUUCCUGGGGAGACAAAGGUGUGGCAGUAUAUAACACUUACAAAGAGAAUUUUCUUGAUUGACUGUCCUGGAGUCGUUUAUCAGAAUAAAGACACCGAAACAGAUAUUAUACUAAAGGGUGUUGUGAGGGUGGCAAACUUGGAAGAUGCUUCUGAACACAUUGGCGAAGUACUAAAACGUGUGAGGAAGGAUCAUCUACAAAGGGCAUAUAAACUAGAAGACUGGGUUGAUGAGAAUGACUUUCUCGUUCAGCUAUGCAAACAAUCGGGAAAGCUUUUGAAGGGUGGUGAACCCGAUUUGAUGACUGCCGCAAAAAUGGUCCUCCAGGACUGGCAGCGAGGUCGGAUACCCUUCUUCGUACCCCCGCCCCCUCAAGAAGGUGACAAGAUUCCCGAAAAUGGGCAUGUUUCUGGUGGCAGUAUUCUCGAAAAUGCCCCUGUUUCUGAUGCAGUUGUUUCUAAUGAGACCAAAGAUACCAAAAUAAGUGGCGACCCCGCAUCAGCAGCCAUGAAAGCCAUAGCCAACAUAAUUGCAUCACAACAGCUAAAGAGUGUCCCUGUUCAAAAGGACUUCUUCAGCCCUGAUGAAUUGGGUGGUGUUGAUGACUCAUCUAUCACCAAAGAUGAGCUGAAUGAGGAUGGAUUGGCAGGCCGAAGGCGCAAGUUUGACGCAGAAUUGAAGCAGGGUAAAGGCGGUAAUGAGAAGCUCACAGUGGAAGAGAAUCCAAGUGAGAGAUUGGUUGGUAGAAAGCGGAAGUUAGAGAGAGAAGAUGAGAGUGAUGGCGAGAAGUUGACAAUGAUUCACAAAGAGAGAAAGUUGGAAAAGGCGGAAGGCGAUGACAAUGAGAACUUGACAUGGGAAGAGGUACUUGAGAAUGUGAAGGCUGCCAUGGCUGAGAGAGCUGAGACAUGAGGUCCAACCAUUCGGGCUAAAUUUUGCUUGGGGUACCCUUGUUUUUCUUCCUGUGUAUUUAAGUGCUUAUAUCCUUUUGUUUUUCCAGCCGACCUCAAUUAAUUGGGAAAAGGCUAUGAUGAUGUUGAUCUCUUUCUUUUUUCUGUUUUGUUGCGGUCUCUGACUUGUGGAUGGUUCAGAUUUUGGAUUGUCAGAAUGAAUCGUCCGUAUACAGUGGAGUGAUAGUUAGGGGGUUUCCUUUCCCUUAAGUAGGAGUUUCUUCUUGGUUCUUGCAUGGAAGGAAUCCAUGAAUGUUCAAAAUCAGGAGGGAACAUGUAACAGUAACGAUCGUAUUUAUUCUUACAUUCUUUGUGACUUAA